AUGCCCAUCAACAACCCCGCAGGCGCGAUCCCCUCUGUCGGCCACUACCCCAUGGGUGCGCCGCGCCCCAAGGAGAUCCUGGGGGUGGGCAAGGACGUCGAGGUCGUUGCACCCCAGGACACGCGUAUGCGCUUCAUCAUUGACACCAUGGCGCUCUACGUCCUGCGGGACGGCUGCGAGUUCGAGCAGCUGGUCAUGGCGGAGCGCCAGGGCGACCCCGAGUUCUCGUUCCUUUUCGAUCUGGACAGCCCCGACCACGUCUACUACAGAUGGCGGGUCUACUCGCUCGCCGAGGGUGACACCCUGAGGACGUGGCGCAUGGAUCCGUUCCAAAUGGUGGAGGGCGGCCAGCGGUGGCUGCCGCCCGCCAUGCUGGCGGUCGAGGCGGUCAAACGGGAGGCCGGGGACCGCGCCCUGUCGGACCACGAGCGAGACAAGUGGGAGGACAUACUGCGAGGCCUCACCGCAGAGCGCGCCGCCAUCAGGGCCGGCAUGGUGUUCGCCCUGGACCACGCGGAAGCCGCUGCCGAGGUGGUGGAAGUGCUGCAGGUAUCGGGCGCGGCUUGA